UGGACACGCGAAUAAUUCCGGCCUCCGAGUUUCGAUUCUUACGCUUGAGUCGAGAAGUGUUUUGUAAGAAGCCAAUAUUCGCAAGAUCACAGUGAUAAUGUGGACAAUGGUGCAAGCUGGGAUUUUAUUGUCGAUGUUUGUGCUGGCGUAUAGUGAAACAAUUCAUUUCACGAACUCUGUUAAACAUUUGCAUACAACAAAGAAUUUUACCACCUAUGAGGUGGACGUGCCCGGUUCGAAACCGAUUACCAUCAUCGAGGCUAAUCCGGAAAAUUCGAACGCCAGGAAGCCGGCUAUGGGACAGCUUCGGAAUGCUGUCGGAGCAGGUGUGGAAGAACAUGCAAACGUUGUGCGAGAUGAUCUAAUUAAUGCCUUGAGGACAAUGCCCCCCAAAAAGACGUUUUAUUCUCCGGAUUUGCUGAAUAAGUUCCUUCAAGAGUACUCGGAGCGCUUGAAAAAUGCCGACCCUAAUACCAAACAAAAGCUAAUGGAGAUUGGUUUGAUGACUAAUAAACAAACACUAGAAGAGGAUAGCGAGCAGAGCAAGGAAGAUCAGUUACUUUUGGAGGACAGCGAUGAGAGAAACGCGCUUGGUAAUAGUAAGUGGUACAGUGACAAUCGGAAGACUCAUCCUUGGAACUUGAAGGAUGGGUGGGUCACAAUGGAAGCAGUUCCGUGGUCGGAAAGUAAAGUUUCCAAAUGGCACAGCAAUUCUAACAAACAUAAUUCAUAUCCAAGUAACAACCAAUGGCCAGGAAGCAAUAGUGAAGAAAUGUCGUAUCGACCAAAACCCGCGUAUGCUUCGAUAGCAUCACAAUCUCAAUCGAACAAUUUCUACAGCAGUUCGGACGAUGAUUACGUCGAUAGUUUAUACUCCCUAAAUCGGCCAGAGGAAAAACCGUCCAAGCCGGCAUUCGAUUCAUUCUACAACCGACGGUAUAAACCGUCAGAGGAUUAUGUCCGGAAAACUUCCCAGUACAACCCGGAUUACAGUGGAGAUUCGUGGUACGAUCAUGGUUUCAAGAAACCAACAGACAGUAACAAGGUCCUUCAUUCGCAGAGCGGUGACAUCAUCACAGACGGUCGUAAGCCACAGUUUCCUCCGCACGGCACCUCCCCGCUAUACCAGCAGCAGCAGCAGCCAUCCAACAAAGAUCGGUACCACCCUCAAUCCUACCCGAACGGAGGCAACGGCGAGUGGGUCCUAAUCUCAACCACCAAAGGAUACCAGUAUCCCCGCCGGCAGGGCCAACGUGCAAUAUCCUUUCAACCUGCGACCCUAUCCCAUAAAUCCAUCAAACUGACCGUCCUCCCGAUGAAGAACUCCCUGGACAUGACCACCUCACACAACGGCUUGAUUGAGGUGGCUUCCUCCACCCAAACGGUCGAGCAAUCCUUCAAGGAACAACAAAACAAGCAGGGCACCGCUCUUCAAACAACCACCACAGCUGCUCCGGUGAAGAGAAAACGGCGCGUAACGCCGCAAAUUUCGCUACUCCAUCGUAACACCGCCAAUCAGGACAGUACCGCCGUACUGGCGGCGCUCGGUGCAGGAAUGGUUCCCGCAGCGCUGGCCGUUCUCGCUCCGAUGGUCCUCGGCCGCCGAAGGAGGAGGCGCCGAUCGGUCGAGCCGGAGCACCACCUGACGGUUCCUACUGGACUGUAGAAAAGCAAUGCUAACCGUAUUCAAAAGCUUCAACUCGAACCAGCCCCUUUCUCUCUCUAUCUCCAUCAACCUAUUGCUAACGAGGCUUAAGUUCUAAGCCUGGGACUGUCAUCGGGGAAACGAACCUGGCAAAAACGAAUCCAACAGUACAAAACCUCAUCCGGCUGGCCGCCAUCUUUUAACAUAACCCAAAAGAUCGCCCGAAAAACAUCACAUAACAUUAAGACCCCAUCUCUAGGACUGAUUGAAAGUAAAGUUUCAAACGCAACCCGUAUUUCCUCUAAUUUAUUCGUUUAUUUAUUGCAGUAAAAUUUACCACCUAAGAAAGUAUAUGUAUUUAAAUAAAUAAUUUAUUUCUGAGACGAUAAAAAACACAGAAUCGUUUAGUUUAGCGCUUAAGUCAAGUAAUAAAGUAA